AUGCUGCUGCUGCUGGUGCUGCUGGUGCUGCUGCUGCUGCUGCUGCUGCUGCUGCUGCUGCUGCUGCUGCUGCUGCUGCUGUUGGCAUCGGGAGCUGACCCCCUGGAGAGCCGGCGCCUGUCCCGGGCCUCGCGUCCAGGGCUCCUGGCCGGCACAGCUGCGUCCCAGGCGCGCGAGGCUUUGGACACCAGGCGCCGCGCCUGUCCGAGCGCUCGCUGGAGAGGAGGAGACACCGCAGGGCCGCGAGCGGCAGGUGAACGGCAGCCAAAAGAACAAGGAGGCCGUCCAGGCGCUCCGGCGGCUGGUUGA